AUGUUGAGGUACUUGGCUAAAAACAGAUCCGUUGGACAUAUUGCUCAUCAAGGGGGCUUGUUAGCUUCUGUCUACAGCUAUUCAUCAACUUCCGAAACAGCAAAAAAAUCAAAACCAACAUUCCAUGAAGUUUCUGACGCAAGUGAAGAGUCACACACGGGCCAAUUCAUAAACAAGGUAUCUAAGCCUUAUACCGUCACCACAUAUGCUCGACCAAAUCUUGUUUUAACUCACGGCAAGGGUUCAUAUAUUUAUGACUUGGAGAAUCGAAAAUAUAUCGAUUUUACUGCCGGUAUUGCAGUAACUUGCUUAGGUCAUUCUCAUGAGGGAAUUACGGAGAUACUAAAAGAUCAAUCGGAAAAGCUCAUUCACUGCUCUAAUUUAUAUUACAAUUUACCAGCAGGUGAGUUGGCUAGUAAAUUGAUCCAUAAAACAAAAGAACACAAUGGGUUACAUGACGCUUCAAGGGUUUUCUUGUGCAAUUCAGGAACCGAGGCCAAUGAAGCUGCAUUGAAGUUUGCUCGAAAGCAUGGUAAACUGAAAGGUGGAGAUAACAAAAUCGAAUUCAUCACUUUUGCCAACUCCUUCCACGGCAGAUCAAUGGGUGCUUUAUCAGUAACCCCCAACCCUAAAUACCAAUCCCCUUUUGCGCCAUUGAUACCAGGGGUACAUAUUGCGGAGCCAAAUAAUAUUGACAGUGUAAAGGAGUUGAUCUCUUCGGAAAAGACUUGCGGUGUUAUUAUCGAGCCCAUUCAAGGUGAAGGGGGUGUCAACCAUGUAGAUGAAAGUUUCUUGAUUGAAUUGAGAAAGUUGUGCAAUGAGCACGAUGUUUUAUUAAUUUAUGACGAAAUACAGUGUGGAUUGGGUAGAUCAGGUAAGUUAUGGGCUCAUUCGUAUUUACCGCAAGAAGCACAUCCAGAUGUUUUGACCAUGGCAAAAGCAUUAGGUAAUGGAUUUCCCAUUGGUGCAACUAUGAUAACAGAGAAGGUCGAAAACGCACUUUCUGUGGGGGAUCAUGGUACAACCUAUGGGGGCAAUCCACUUGGAGCAAGAAUUGGAUCCUACGUGGUGGAUGAAAUCACAAAAGAACCAUUUUUGCAAAGUGUGAAUGAAAAAUCCGAAAGGUUCAUUGCCAAGUUGAAUCAAAUUGCCGAAGCACAUCCCCAUAGGGUAUUAAAGGUCAAAGGUAAGGGUUUGUUGUUGGGUUUGCAGUUUGCAGAAGGUGUUGAUAUAAACAAAAUCGUGGAAAAGUGUAGAGAAAACGGCUUGUUGAUUAUAACAGCUGGAAUGAACACGAUCAGAUUUGUACCAGCACUUAACAUACCAGAUCAGGCUAUAGACGACGGACUCACUAUUUUAGAACAUUGUAUAAAACUGUAA